AUGUGCGGUUACAGCUUACUGACACCGCUCAGCGUAUCGACGGAGAAGGAAACACCCUAUGCCACGCACCCAGCGACUGGUGGUCCCACGCCGGACUAUUCUGCACCGCAAGUCGUCCCUAGCCAGCAAGCAUAUCCGUUUGGAGCUCAACCGUUCCCACCUUCUUCACAUGGCGGUAGCACACUUGUAUCGCCUCAGCCAAGACCAUAUACGUUCAAGGAGCAUGUCGACACAUACGACCAACAAGUAUCGCGGCCAGGCUCUAUCCCGCCCCCUGUACCACCCAAAGAUGACAGGAAGUGUGGAUUGAAGAAGCGCACCUUCUGGAUGCUGACGGGGUGUGUCGUCUUCUGGCUCAUGGCACUCGCCGUGGGCCUCGGAGCUGGGCUAGGUAUUGGCCUGUCAAAGAAAAACAAUAAUGAGGUCAAGGUUGACCCGUUCUGCCGUGACCACCCUAAGCUUUGUAUUGGCGGCUCAUUGAAUGCCGAGUACCUGUCAAAGAAGGGAGCUUUCAAUGGAUCCGGUAUUGCACUGGCUGGAGAGUCUUGGAAUCCAAAGAAUGGUACGCUCUUUACCUUGUACUUCCAGCAUCAUACAGGAGCAAUUCGGUAUUUGAAGUACACCAAGGGUCAGAAGUGGAUCGGCGGCGGUAUCACAGAGACAGUUGCCAGCAACGCAAAAAAUGCAACGCCCAUCUCAGCUGUAGCCUACGUUGCCAACGCGACGCAAUUUUUUCAUGUGUUCUAUGUUGGAGACGACAACAAAGUCAAGCAGGUUACUCAGACCAACGAGACAACCUCCACGCAACUAUGGACAGACGGUCCUCUCAGCAAGCAGAAUCUCGAAGUCAGCCGUGAAUCUCCUAGUACUGGACUGCAAGCGUGUUGGAAAGGCAACUUCUACGGCGACUCGGACUACAGCAAAUUUCCAACUGUCAAUGGCAGCAUAAAUGAUAUACCUUUCGACAACAGACUGGGCAUGAACAUCUGGUACGCAUCGGAUGAUUCUACCUUCAAGCAGUAUGCCUGGUAUGCCGGCAGCCCCGAUUGGAAGCAUAUCCAGCGGUGGCAGGGCUUCAAUACACAGGCUGGUGUUGGCUGCUAUAGUUGGGGGGCUGGCACAACACAAUACGCCAUGAUGGUCAACAAGAACGAUGACGUCGAGGUAUACUGGAAAGACACCGAUACCAACCUGACUACCAAGGUCCAGGACGAGGAUCACCCUUACAACGUCUUCGUCAAUGCCUCGGGCGCCACUAUUCCUGAUGUUUGGCCCUCAACGUCGUUGGGAUAUACCACCUACUUCUACGCCCAGUCCGCAGAUCGAAGCAUUCGCGGCUAUGACAUCAACUACAACGCGGAGAACACAUCGUAUCCUGGGCACGAGAACUUUACAGUCCAGACGCCUGCACAACCGUUAUACGCUCUUGGCGGCACGCAUUUGACUGUGUCCGCUGUGGCAGAGAAGGACAACGACGGAGAUGUACUGUACGACAGUCUGUAUGUAUUCUUCCAAACGGAGGGAGACGAUAUUACAGCAGCGACGAGGAGAUUAUACGGCGGCGAGUGGACCAUUGCGCCGCUCAAGAUCCCGGACACAUGA